UCUGACCGAUUCGGUUCGGGAUUGCAGCGGUCGAAGCAGCAGUCCCAGCAGCAACAGGCAACCCCGCUUGGCGCCUCGUGGUAAUUGGGCGCAGCUAGAGAUCACGACUUGUGCAACUGAUGGCUUUGAUGAGAAAAGUUGGAAAGAGGGGCCCGUGCUCGGCCCCCCCUGGCCCAAGUCAGACUCCUUGCUUGACGGCCUCUUUCCGUCGACUCGGUCAAGGCAAGCCACUAGGCAGCAGUACUAGUAGCACGUCGUCGUCGUCGAUCGGACUUCCUGUCCGAAGCGAGCUUGACCGCAUCCAGCCCAAGAUAGAUCUCCAUCUCGUCUCAAUCUUGCCUCCAUUUCGACCCUUGCCUAUUAUUAGUCUCCCCAUAGUGAGCUUUAUUUGUGGCUUGUCAUCAAAUGAGCUUAAAAUAUCUAUCGGCCGAAGCAUGCCGGGGUGCGCCUCGUUGGACCUUGAGCGCGGCGGACCUUCUCGUCAGACGACCACCGCCGCCCCUCCCUCCUUGUGAUUGCUGUCGCUGUCGCUUUUGCCCUCGCUCUCGACCUCUCCUUUUCAUAGGCUGUAGUAUAGCCUGGUACAAGAUAGGAUGGAGACCUCGCCUGUCACCACAGGCCUUGCGCUCCUCUGCGCCGUCCUCGGAGUAGCGCUGUGGUCUGUCACUUCGAAGAGCCAAGGCGGCCC